UUUGACGAUCGGCAGGACAAACUCGUCAUGCUGCGGCCACAAAGUCUGGCGAGGGUGUUAUCCAAGUGCAAAAAGACGAAUUCUUUAUCUCUGAGAUUAGCCACUACAAAAUCCGCCAGCGCUGCCAGUGCAUCAAGGAGAUUUAAAGGAUAUCCACAAAUUUCAAAAGGAAGUAAUCUUUUGAGAGUGUCAGAGAGCAAUGUCUUCAACAGAUACUACAGUUCUGCAGGUAACCCAUUCAUAAAUAAUGUUGUCCUACCCACCCAUUCAAAAGUUGUCCUCCCUGCGUUGUCGCCCACCAUGGAGACAGGGACGAUCAGUAAGUGGCAGAAGAAGGAGGGGGACAAGGUAUCUGAGGGGGACCUCCUCGCUGACAUUGAGACAGACAAGGCCACCAUGGGCUUCGAAGCAUCAGAGGAGGGCUACAUCGCCAGGAUAUUUGUGGAAGAGGGAACUAAAGAUAUCCCCAUAGGAAAGCUAUUGUGUAUAAUCGUGGAAGAGGAGGGAGAUAUUGCAGCAUUUAAGGACUAUGUUCCCAAACCGGAAGAUGACCAACCACCAGGUGGUUCAAAGCCAGCAUCAGCACCCCCACCACCCCCUCCACCCCCUCCAAAGGCAGCCCCACCCCCUCCUCCCCCCAAGGUAACAGCACCACCUCCACCACCUGUGGCAGCGGCUCCAGUAACACCACCACCACCCGUGGCAGCAGCACCACAACCUGCAGCAGGUGGUGGAGUCCCAGCCACACCUUACGCCAAGAAGCUAGCGGCAGAGCGAGGAAUGGAUCUUUCUAUGGUGCCUGGGACAGGACAGGGAGGGGUCAUUCAGGCAGAGGACGUCCUCAGAUUCCAGGCCCCGGCAGUACCCUCACCUGUCUUGGCCCCGGGGGCAGAGUACACAGAUAUUGAACUGUCGGGCAUGAGAAAGACAAUAGCUAAACGAUUGCUGGAGUCUAAACAAACAGUUCCACACUACUACUUAACUAUAGACGUCAACAUGGACGGAAUUCUACAGCUUAGAAAGGAGCUGAAUGAUAUUCUUUCCAAAGAUAAAAUUAAGUUGUCUGUAAAUGACUUUAUUAUCAAAGCCUCAGCAUUAUCUUGUAAGAGAGUUCCCGAGGCUAACUCAUCAUGGCAGGGAGAUUUCAUCAGACAAUACAAUUCUGUUGAUGUUAAUGUCGCGGUGGCCACAGAUGCAGGGUUAAUUACUCCAAUAGUUAGCAGAGCUGAUAUCAAGGGACUAUCAAAUAUUAAUCAAGAUGUUCAGUUACUAGCUGCCAAAGCAAAAGAAGGAAGGUUACAACCUCAUGAAUUUCAGGGAGGCACCUUCACAAUUUCCAAUUUAGGGAUGUUUGGAAUUAAAUCCUUCUCAGCAGUUAUAAACCCUCCUCAGGCCUGUAUUUUGGCUGUUGGGGGAGCAGAGAAAAGACUCAUUGUAGAUGAAGAUAGCAAUUCUGGGUACCGAGCUGCCAAUAUGAUGUCGGUUACACUUAGCUGCGACCACAGAGUGGUGGAUGGGGCCGUUGGAGCUCAGUGGUUAGCGGAAUUCAAGAAAUUCAUGGAGAAACCAGAGACCAUGUUAUUAUAGCAGACCCACUGUUGACGUUCUAGGAAAUGUUUUAAGAAUUUAUACGAGUGCUUGAGAACUUUUAAGGGAGAGAAAAUAAUAGAAAAUGUGUGUUGAACCUCAGCACAUACAAGUCUGGAUGAAGUGAAUCUCAUCAUAGAAGUUGUGGGAUAAAUGUUAUAAUAGUUUUUAUAGGUAAACAAGUGCUGUUUGUUUAACAACUAUAUAUUUAUUGGCAUUUUUACACAUGCUUGGCAUAUGUAAAUGUUCUGGCUUUUAAAUAAGAAUAUUUAGGUCUUGGUCAAUGCAUCAAUUCAGUGUAUAUACAUGUACUGCCAGGCAAAAUUUAUAGGUAAAGAAUUAUGUUAAAUAAUUUUUUUCAUUACUGUUCAAAGAUUUUAUUUGUUUUCUUUUUUUUAAAUGUUAUCAAAAAUAAAUGAACAAGUGUACCAUUGAA